AUGGGGAAUGCAUCAACAACAUCACACAAUGAAUCGCCCACAUCUGCUGAUGCGCAAAACACUGGUUUCGCAGGGAGUGGAGAAUCAAAACGACAGAGAUAUGAAUUAAAAAAAAUGGUAAGAGAAAGACAACAACUAUUAAGAGAAACACAACAAUUAGAGAUGGGACAGGAACGAGGAAAGAAAGAAAUGAAGGAAUUGGGACAAAAGUUUAAAGGUAGUAAAGUAGAAGAUUCCUCCUCUGAAGAUGAGAUUUUGUUUUCAGUAGGAAGCCCACAUUCUUUAAAAGAAUUAAAACGACAGAUAGAUGGAUUAAUAAUAGUAAGAAAAUUACAACAAUUAGAGAUGAGACAGGAACGAAGAAAGAAAGAAAUGAAGAAAUUGGGACAAAAGUUUGAAGGUACUAAAAUAGAAGUGGGAGAUUCGUCCUCUGAAGAUAAGAGUUUGUCUUCAGGAGAAAGCUCACAUUCUUUAAAAGAAUUUAAACGAGCGUUAAGAGAUAGACAACAAUUAGAGAUGGGUCAGGAACGAAGAAAGAAAGAAAUGAAGAAAUUGGGACAAAAGUUUGAAGGUAUUAAAGUAGAAGUGGGAGAUUCGUCCUCUGAAGAUAAGAGUUUGUCUUCAGGAGAAAGCUCACAUUCUUUAAAAGGAUUAAAACGACAGAGAGAUGAUUUAAAACGACUAGUAAGAGAAAGACAACAUUUAGUAAGAGAAAGAGAACAAUUAGUAAGAGAAAUUGGGCAGGAACAAAGAAAGAAAGAAAUGAAGAAAUUGGAACAAAAGUUUGAAGGUAGUAAAGUAGAAGCGGGAGAUUCGUCCUCUGAAGAUGAGAGUUUGUUUUCAGGAGGACGCUUUUUUUCUUUAAAAGGUUUGAAAUACACCCGAAGGCUACAAAAUGCUUCAAGCAAAUCAGAGAAAUUAAAGAUAUUCACUGAAAUGCAUGCAGUCGGAGAGGCAUUGGGCGAUACAAUUGCAACCUAUGUAGAGGCCAUUGACAUGAGCAAUGUCGCACUCACAUACACUGACCUUCAAGUUCUUGGUUUUAUCAUAAACUACUCAACAACACUGAGUAUGGUAAAUCUUCGCAACUGUCAAUUACCACCUGGCUCAAUUGCUCAACUGGGAUAUUCUAUCAAAAGCAAUGUUGUGAUUAAUGAGUUUAACAUUGAGAAAAAUCCCAACCUCAAUGUGGAAGACUUGAUUGCCGGUAUCAAACUCUGCGUCAGAGAAGGAAGGGAGUGCAAUUUUAUCUGUGAUGUUUCGCAACUCGGCAAAAAAGAUAAAAAAGUCUUUAAAGCUGUGGUUUUACAAUACACGGAAACAUCUCCUCCUCAAUCUACGAAGUCAAGACGUGCAUUAGCAAUGGAAAGCAGAUUGCAAAUGCCACAAGUUUCUGUGAGUCGAUACAAGAAGCGCUCAGGAAAGUCUUACAGCAUUGGAUUCCAGGGAAAGGCUUCAUAUUCGAUUAGUCAGUUACAGCUAUCGAAGACAGUUCAGAUCAGCGCAGAUCCGAGUGCUGUUGUUGGAAAAGUAAAUACUGAAAAACUGAAGGAGGAACCUCUAGAGAAAAGCUCGAAUGCAAAUAAUUCUACAAAUGAGUAUUCCAAACAGCUGGGAAUGGAGAAAAAGAUGACAAAGUACAAGCCCGGAACAGUUGCUGAAUCUGUAAAGUAUAGGAAGAUGCAGAGAUUUCAGUCAAUGCUAAGCACAGUAGAAGAGACAAGAGAAACCCCAUAUCAUUCAAAAUUGGAUAAAAGUGUGAAAAUAGCGGCAUUGUCAUCAGAUAGAACAAGAUUCCAGGCUUUAGCAAUGAAAACAACAAAGUCAGCAAGACUGCGACGCCAUGUGAAAGACACUCAUUCGACCAUUCUUUCAACAAAGAAAAGCACCAAUAAAGAUUCAGGAUUCCGAUCAUUCAGUCAAUUCGGUUCAGCAGCCAGCAUAAAAAGUAUUCAAAGGAGAUUUUCCAGACUCAAUACGAAAGAGGAUAGAAGCAAGAGAUCGGAGCAUUCAAUGACAGACAAUGUGAAUACGGACAGUGCACAUGGAAGUUUUGGCAGUUCAGAGAAAUUAGAUGUUUCAAGAAAAAGAAAUGAUUAUGAUCCCAAAAUGCUUGAAUGGCAGAGAUUCGAAAUGACAUGCAAAUAUGGGCUUGGAGUCAUGCAAAACAAAACGCAAAGAUUGAAAAAUGGCUGAAUAAUUUAGAAUCGCAGAUCGAAGUAACAACAGAAGAUGAAGAUAUCAGAUGGAGUGAGCCCGGUCACAUGGAUUUCCUUGAAAUGAAACUAGACAAUGCUCUUCGUAAACCAGAAGUAGUAUAUGCAACCAUUGGUGAAGAAG